UUUUUCUUUUCUUUUUUUCUAGAAAUAUCGUACGUAAUGCCCAAAAAAGACGGGAAAAAAUUAUUAAAAGAUUACAUAAUCCCGAAUUUAGACAAUAAGCGAUUUAACGAUAAAAUGAGUUGGAUAGAUGAAGAUGCGGGAAUAUUUGGAUUGCAAUGGAUACAUAAAUCCAAUUCUAGAUAUAGUCAAGCGGACGGUAAAGUUUAUGAGGAGUGGUCUCAAUUAAAGAGAUUGUGGAAUCCCGAAGAUCCAAAAGCAACUUCGAAAGCGAAACAACGAUUUAGGGCGGCACUCAGGAAACAAAAAAAUCUCGAAAAAAUUGAACAUCAGAAAAAUUAUAGAAAAUAUCAAAUUAAAGAUAUUAAAGAAAUAAGACAGCAAUUGGAGAGAGAGAGAAUGAAUUGUACGUACAGUUAUGAGAAUGAUGUUCAGAAAUACAAGAAUUACUUUCAAGUUAAUUACGAAGUAUAUUCAGAAAAUGGAUUAGGUUCAAUGAAGAGUGAUUAUUCAGAUGAAAGUACAAUAUAUUAUGAUGAAAACGCUAAAAAUUUUCAGUUACCAACUGACAAUUACAACUGUUUUAGUGAAUUAUAUUUAGAUACAAAGAAUGAUAUCUUACUUUACAAUCAGGAAGAACUUUUUGAAGAAAUUGAAGAUCAAGAUCAAUUUGCAAUACAUUAAACUAAGGAAAAUCCCGUAUUUUGUUUUUAAACUUGAUGGUGUGUCAAAAUAAACAUUUAUGUUUAAAAACAAAUAUAUUUUUUAAGUUUAAAAAUGAAUCAAUUACAUAUUCUGUUCAAUUUUAUAUUCAUGAAAUUCAUCAAACAAGAAUAAACUGG